AACUAUUUGCCUCUAUAUUAGUAAUUUAUAUGUAAUUAUAAAAAAAAAAAUAAUGCCAUUAGUUUUAUGAAAUCAAUGAUAGUACUUUUAUUUUGUGACAUAAUUGAUACCAAAGUACAUUUUAAUCUAUUUUAUGGAGGUACAUUGUAUUAUAUUAUCCAUUCGUUUUUAUUUAUUUUUUUAAGUAUUCUACUUACUAGUAAUACGAACUCUUGCGUUUAGGUAUCUUAUACACGUACUUAUUUGAUUCUUUGAAGGUUUCGUAUAGUGUAAAGUAAUACGGUCCUAUAAAUUAAUAUUAUUUUUCGUACCUAAUUCAAAAUCAAAACUAAUGCUCACUGUACAUCAUCUGGAUAGUCUAACAUUUUAAAAAUGUUAAUUAUUCAAUGAAAUAUCUGCAUAUUGUCUGUGAAUUGAAACUGUUUAAUGUAGACAAACUCAGCAAUGAUAUUCUGUAACUGUUGGAUUCUCUUGUUGUCAUUCUUAUGUAUUACAACUUUUGGUUUGUGGAUUACUACACUUUUCAUAUCAGUGGUCAUAGCAUUUUUUUGCAGGUAACGUUACAUCUGUAUGACUUUGAACAAAAUGUUACCUAUAUUUUUCUGUUCACUUUUAUAGUAUAUUAGUUUUUGGUUAUAUUGCUGUAGAAGAAAAUGCAAAUGAGUAUAUAGAGUUAUUAAGAAAAGAUUCCAAGUAUGAAGUCUACAGCUUAUUUGAUCCUAAAACCGUAAAUUACCGCAUCAAUAAUUUGUUAACAAUUCAUUAAUUGAAUAUUUAUCAUAUUUGACAGAUAUGUAAAAAAGAAACUAAUGAAGAUGAUGAGAUCUUCAGUGGUUAUGAGUAUAUAGAUCAACAGUUAUCAGACAUUAUGGACUACAUUUUAAGAGAUUAUGUGUAUCCCUGGUAAGAAUUAAUUACCUUUUAGUUAAUUGUAUUUAUGUAAUCCAUUAUAUUAAUUAAUAAUAAAUUGUUUUAGGUACGAUAAAUUAAGUGAUGAUGAAGAUUUCCCUGAUCACUUACAUAAAUCUGCUAGCUAUUUAGUUAGGUGUAUGGCUAAACGAUUACAGCAGGUAGAUUUUCAACAAUUUGUGUGUACACAUUUAUCAGAAGAAGUGGCCAAACAUAUUCACAUCUAUAGAAAAUCAUUAAAAGCUAUGGUAACUAAAAGUUCAGAAGAUAUUGAUUUUGAAGCUAUAUUUUUUCAACUUGAACAAGACAAUGACCGAUUAGGUACAUCACAUGCAAACGUGUGUUUGGACGAGAACUAUGAAAGGAGUAAAGCUAUAAAAUUAUUUUUACCGUUCUUAAAAUAUUUUAUUUAAUGUUGUUGAUUGUGUUAUUUUAUUAUUACAGAAUGGCUUAGAGAUAUAUCUGAAGCUCUUUUAUACCAUGUUAUUCCAGAAUGUGAUUUCAACUGUCGAACAAUACGUGUUUUAAUACGCGAAAUAAUAGCAAAUAAAAUAUUUUUAACAACUAUAAAUAUGCUAAGUAAUCCAGAUUAUGUCAAUCAAUUAAUUAUAUGGCUGGUAAAUAAAUAGUUAAAUAAUCUGUGUCAGGAGUGGUAAAAUAGUAGGAAGGAAAUAAAAUAUACUACCCCCCCCUUCUUACCAUGAUCUUUUUUCUUUCAAUAUUUAAUAUAUUUAUGUUACCUAUUUAUUUAUAUAUAAAAAUAAUAAUUGUUAAAUAGCAACCUUGUCUCCCCCCAUGACAAAAUAAUUCAACUGCCAAUGAUUUAUUUUGACGAUUAGUUAAUGUUGUCAAUCUAUGUUAUAUAAUUAGUGCAGCGACUAUCCAGUGACCAAUGAGACUUUUCUUACGGUAUUAAAAUCUACUAAAUCAACACAACAAUUAAAUGCUGUUCAGAGUUUAGUCGAUAAGGAAAUAAUGAAUCUGGUAUAUUAAAAAAAGUGUUAAUAUUAUUUCACAAUCACUAUACUCAAUAAAUAUUUAUUAGCGUUCAAGAGAUUCUGGUGAAUCAGAAAGCAGAGCAAAACAAGAAUUGAGUAGUCUUAUAUUCUUAUCCAAUUUAAUUAAAUCAAUUGUGAAUAAUAUUCCUCAGCAGUCUAACAGAUCUUUAGGUAAAGUAUUUUUGUUUAGUUUAAAGAUAUUUUGUGUAUUGUAUCUAAUUUAAAAUGUUCCCCCUUUUUAUUAGAUUUAUUAUUAUCAUUUGAACAUUCUGCUUCCUCUCCUAAGAAUGAUUCACUGUCUUUAAAGUGGAUUCUAGAAAGUAAAACUGCUUUGCCAUAUUUUAUUGAUUAUUUAACAACAAUUAAUUGUGAUAGUCUUAUAUCAUUUUAUAUAAAUAUUGAUGGUGAGUUUAAUAUAGAAAUUGAUGUAUUUCAUCAGUUAAACUCUAUUGACUUUUGAAAAUUAGGUUGGAAACAAUUUGUACAUGAACAAAUGCAAAAUGUCAUUGGAGAUCCUAAUGAAUAUUCAUCAUCUGAUUUAGCAACUGUUGAUCACAUUAGAGAUGAAGCUAAAAAAUUGUAUUCCUUGUUUAUUAACCAAAAAGUAAAAUUUAUAUUUGUAUUAAAAAUAAUUUAAUAUUAAAAAAAUAUAUAUUAUUUUUAAUCAGCCUGAUAUUCAAGGUGAACUUGGAGAAGAGUUAGUAAAAUCUUUGUUCAAGAAAAUUCAAAAUGAUACUGUAGUUGAAACAUGGUUUGAUGAUGUUCAACAUGCAUUAUAUAAGGCAUUAUUAAAGGUAUUUGAAUAGAUUAAAUACAAUUUGAUUUUUAUUAGUUGCUUUUCUCAUAUUGAAGAUACAUUUAUUAAUGAACUAUAAAUACUACAUAGUUGUUCUCAACCAUACAAUAACAUUAUGUUAAUCAUAGGGAGAAUUAUUUUUCACUUAAAUAAUUGAAUUAACAAAAAAAAAUGUAUAUAAUCUUCAAAUUAGAGUAAGACAUUUUUCCAUAUGUAUACAUCUUUACUGUUAUUUAUAUAGUAUUUAUUAAGCAAAUAUUUAAUUAAUUAUUUAUUUUUAUAAAAAUAAUGUGUAUAUAAUAUUUUAUAUUUUGUAAAAUAUCUCCUUUAUAAAUAAAAUAUUUAAUUUUUUUGAUUCAAUACAGUGCACAUUUUUUUACAAAAUAAAUUAAAACUAUAAUUUAUAUCAAAAAAAUUGUGUUAUUGCCUGAUUAAUGAAAACAAGCACUUAAAAGUUCACUAAAAAUACUAUUUCAUGUGUGACAAAGCAUUGCACCAAUUUUUAUAAAUAAACAUGGCUAUAACUUAUCUGCCAACAUUCAAAUUUAAAUAUAUAUUUUUAAAACUUAUUAAAAUGUUUGAUUAGCCAGAAAAAGGAAUCAUGUCUGGAUUUGGUAAACAUGAGUCUUGUUCAAGGUUGAUAACUAAUUUAGAAAUGAAAUCAUUGGGUUCAGAAGAAAUUUAUGAACCUGAAUCAGCAGUUUCCGCUUCUGAUUUUCUUAUACCUAUGGACGCAGUUCAACAGCUUUUAAAAGGAACUGGAGGUGAGAUAACUAAUUGUAUACCCUCUUCUAUUAAUUUGUUUUCUAUUAUUUGCUGAAUUUUCAGAUAAAGUAAGUGAUUUCCUUUCUGGUGGUAAAGUCGUAAGUCCUAGUCAACCGGGAGAAGAAAGGUCAAUAUUAUCAGCAGAUAUUAUUGAAACUGGUUGGUACUAAAUGUUAAUCACAAGAAAUUGAUGUUUAUUAUAACUGACGUAUAUUUAUUGUUUAGGUCUAGUACACGAGGGUGGUAAAACAUUUGGUGUUUAUGCUGUGUCUAUAACUAGAGUUUAUAUGUCUGGGAAAGAAGAAAAUUGGCAUGUUUAUAAACGAUACUCUGAUUUUUAUGAUCUCUACCAAAAAGUAAAAGAUAGGGUAUGUGGUACAACAAAUUUUAACAUUUAAAAUUGUUAAAAUAUAUAAGUAAUCAUUUUUCUAGUAUCCAGAAUUAGGUAAACUGUCGUUUCCGGCUAAAAAAACAUUUCAUAAUGCCGAUAGACGAGUAUUAGAAAAACGAAUGAUGAUGCUCAAUCAGUUUAUACAUAAUUUGUUGAAAUCUUCGACUGUAGUUAUUUAUCCAGGGAUACAAUCAAUGGUUGAACAGUUUCUCGAACAGAGACCUGAAGAUAAAAAAGCAUUACUAUCUGGUCAGCUUGUUAAGACUGUUGAUAAUCUUUUGUUUACUCCAUUAAAAGCUGUAGGAAAUGUUGUGAAAACAGUGCCUGAUAAUAUAUUUAACACUGUCGAUGGGGUAAUGGACAAUAUCAGCAAAGUGCUCGGUCCUUCCAAACCUAUUAACAGAACUUUAGUGGAAGAAGUGAGUAAAUCAAAUAUGAAAGAUAUAUUUCAAUUUGUUGUUUAUUUUUCUAAUUAAUUGAUUGUAAAGGAUGAUGACAAUAUGCCCAUGCGUGCUGUGUUAUUGUUACUAACCGAAGUGUUUGAAGUUGAUGAACAACAACAAUGGCUUAGGAAACGAUUUGUCAUGUUAUUACAACAUAUUGUGAGAGCUUCAUUCGGUCACAUUGUUAAUAGAAGGUUCAAAGACUAUGUAGCGACUGUUACUGAUCCAUAUAGAGUAUCACUGUUAAUAAAUGCAAUCAAGUAAAAUAUAAUAUCAAAAUUAUUAAUGUUCUUUACUAAAGUGUUUAUUAAAUCAUCAUUUGUAGAAAUUCAUUAUGGCCAGAAGGCGAACGUGCUUCAGAAGUUCAAUUUCGAGAUACGGAGGUACAGCUUAGAACACUUGUUGCUGCCAAAUGUGCACUUAUGUCUUCUGUUUCAGGUAAUUCAACUUACUAACAAUAUUUUUAAAACAAUAAUGCAUUUAUAUUUGUUGACAUUAUUCAGAUGAAUUGAAGCACUUGAUGGGGAGUGAAGUUACAAGACGUGGUAUUUAUUUGGUCAUAGUUAUGCUCCAGAACAAAACCCUUAAUAAACGUUUGACAUAUGUUUUGAUCAGUGCCUGUUUAUUACUAAUUUUUCCAAAUUUCAAUGGUCUCAUUGAUAAAUUACAUAAAAACCCUCCUUUGUUGAAUAGAAAUUAAUUACAAUAAUCAUUAUAAAUUAUACAAAUAUAGUUUAUAUGUCAAAGGCAAGUCAAAUUAUUCAGAGUUUAGUAAUUUUAAUUGCAUAGAUAAGUUACAAAUUAUAUUUAAUUUGAUAAUUUAGUUAUCAGGUUAUAUACUUAUCCUAUACAAAUAAAUUAAAAUACUACACCUUUAUCAAGUUAGUAGUUGCUAUAUAAAAGUAACAAAGUAAUAAAUAGUAGUAAUUAAUAUGUUAAAAGUUAUUUAAAUUAUAAUUUUUUUUUUGUUGAAUAGUUAUAUUAAAAUACAAUAUUCAAUUAACCCUGUAAUUUAUACUUAUUGACAUAAACACAACUAACAAAUUAUUACACACAACACAAACUAAUGUUUAAGAAGAGUAUCUAGCAAAAGAAAUAAAAACAGAUAACUCUUUACAGUUACAAAAAAAAAAAACUAAUUAAGGUAAAAUAAUAACCGAGCAAAUAUAAUUUUGGUAAAAAAAACACUGUAGUUUUUUUCUAGCUUUAAAUUAUAUCCAUAUUAAUGAAAGGUAUUAAUAGGAUAUGAUGUAAUGUAGAGAUCUGACAUUUUAAAUUAUGGGGUUUGACAAAACCAAAAGUUCAGAUUUAAAUCUAACAAAUCUAUAUAUUUAUUGGGAUAUUAACAACAGGACAACUCAUUUAAUUAUAUUUAUAUAUAUAU